GCAUGAAGCUCUUCAUGGUAUCAGACGCUGGCCUCUAACCGCAUCCACGAACCACGAUCUCCACCUUCCGCUGCCUCGGCCAGCCAUGACCGACUCCCCCAACCUCCCCUCCGGCCGCAGGCGCGGGCUCGCCGCCGCAUUCAACGCUGCUGAGCCUCGCCCGAUCGGCUCCCCCGGCAUCCUCAACGCCACCACCGACUCUGGCGCGGUUGUCACCGCUGGCGCCGGUGCUGCGGCUGCUCCCAUCGCCAACCGUCACGACGGUGUCGUCAUCGCUGAACGGGUUCCCAUCGUCCUCCAGCUCCAGCCGCCCAACUACUCCACUUGGCGCGCGCUGUUCGAACUUCUCCUGCAGCAGACCAGCCUCACCGAGCAUCUCUCCAGCGACGCCCGCCUCGACGACCCGGUGUGGCUGCAAGACGACGCCCUGGUCAUCUCCUGGAUCUACCUCCGCGUCUCCCCCGACAUUCUGGGUCUCAUCAUCACCCCUGCGCCGACUACCUCGACCGUCUGGCAGGCUAUUCGCGGCCUGUUUCUCGACAACAUGGAGAUGCAGGUCAUCUACCUCGGCUCCACCCUGCGCACACUGGAGCAAGGCGACUCGCCCGUCCUCGCGUACUUCGGGCGCCUCAAGGAACUCGCCGACCAACUUCGGGACCUAGGUGAGCCCCUCACCGAUCACCAGCUCAUCAUGUAGAUGUUCCGCGGCCUGGCAGAGCGGUUCCACGUCUACAUUCCCAUCCUCUCCACGCGCGCCCCCUUCCCCACCUUUUUGGAAUGCCGAGCGUUCCUUGCUCUGGAGGAGGCGCGGAAGGCCAUGCGUUCAUGCACUGAGACGGUGUUUCACGCCGCCACUCGUCCCGGCAACGGCGGGUCCAGCGGCUCGGGCAACUCCAGCGACGGUGGCUCCGGCGCGGGCGGCUCCAACAACAACACCAACAACCGUGGCCGCGGCCGCGGCAAGGGCAGAGGGAAGCAGCAGCAGGGCGCGUCCACCAACACCGGCUCCUCUACCCCAACGCUGCCCACACCGAACACCUACCCAUGGACUGGCCUCGUGCAUGCGUGGCCUGUGCCGUGGCGCCCGCACGCCCCGGGCUCUGGCAUCCUCGGGCCGCGCCCGGCCAUGCCGCCCGCGUUCGCCGGAGCAUCUGCCCACCUGUACGCCCCACCGCCAGUCGCUCCAUCGCCCGUUCCUGCUCCAUUGGCGCCCGUCUGGGAUUAGCAGGGAUUGAUUCAGGCGCUCAACGCUCUGUCCACGCAGACGACUCCACCUCCCACCGGCGACUGGUACUUCGACACCGGUGCCACCGCCCACAUGUCUGCCGACUCAGGAUCGGCGAACCAAGGAGGUGCUCCUCCGAUGUGACGACCCCGGUGACCUGUACCCACUUCGCCCCACGCCCCACCUCAGCCUUCACACAGCAGCGACGACGCACGCCGACCUCUGGCACCAGCGGCUUGGGCACCCAGGCCGUACAUCCCUCUCCGGCGUGUGCGAGCUGUUCCUCCUCACCGCCCCACUCCAUCGGCAUCCACCUGUCAUGCGUGUCAAUUAGGGAAACACACUCGUCUACCUUUUAGUUUAUCUUCUCAUGUUUCAUAUUUUCCCUUCAGUUUAGUUCACUGUGAUGUAUGGACCUCGCCUGUGUCUAUCCUUUCUGGUUUUAAAUGCUAUUUGCUUCUGCUUGAUGAUUAUAGUCACUUUUCCUGGACUGUUCCCCUUAGGCUAAAAUCUGAUGCUCUUCCUGCUAUUCAGCGAUUUCAUUCCUUUCUCCGCACCCAAUUCCACCUCCCCCUCCUCACCAUACAAACUGACAACGGGCGCGAAUUUGAUAAUACCACCAGUCGCUCCUUCUUUGCCGAUCAUGGCAUCCAGCUCCGCAUGUCCUGUCCCUACA